UCAUGUAGCAAGCGUAAUGCCCUAUUACUUACGUUAUGAUUAUUGAUAUAAAUAAACAAAGCACUGAUUCCCCGAGUCAACCAUACCCGAAUUAUGCAUUCAAACUUCUUUUUAAGACCCGAAAGGUUUUUCUCUCUUCCACCGGAGCUUUUAUUUUGAAACGUGUCAGCAGGAUAUUAGUUGUUUUUCAGUCUCUUGUUAACGGAAUUUUCAUUGAACCUGCCGAGCAGUAAGAGAGGGGAAAACGGGUACCCGCAUCCAUUGUUAUUUUACUUUCAAUUUUUCUACUGGAUGACGACAACGCAUCUCUGAACGGGACCCCCAAACCGAACUGCCCACCAUGUCGGCUGAGGAGGAGAGGGGGGUAGUUCGUGUCAAAGUCAAGAAGUGUGAAGGGGUGUUGCCGGUGGAGUUCCGCUCCUUUGCUGUUGAUCCUCAAAUAACCUCACUGGAGGUGUUGCAGCAUAUCCUGAUUCGAGCUUUUGAGCUGAAUGGGAAGCGCAACUUUGGGAUAAGUUAUCUGUCCCGUGACCGCGGAGGUGUGGAGGUUUACGUGUCUCUGCUGUCUGACUGGGAUUUAGAUGCAGCGUUUGUCAGUGCAGCAAAGCCUUUCCUCCAGCUCAAGAUGGACAUCAAACCGUCAGAGGAUAGUCCUGUUUUGGAGGAUUGGGACAUAAUCAGCCCUAAGGAUGUGAUUGGCUCAGACCAGUUGCAGGGAGAGAAGAGGUCGUUGGCUUCUGCUGCACUUCCUUUUACACAGUCGCUGCUGUCCCAGGUGGGCCGCACUCUAUCGCGUGUGCAGCAGGCCUUGAGUUGGUCCUAUGGGGAGGAGGUGAAACCAUUCAAGCCUCCAUUAAGUGAUACUGAGUUCCACAGUUAUCUGAACAGCCAAGGUCAACUGACCCGACCAGAGGAACUCAGACUCCGUAUAUAUCAUGGUGGUGUUGAGCCAUCCUUACGCAAGGUUGUUUGGCGAUACCUUCUUAAUGUGUACCCAGAUGGUCUGACAGGACAAGAGAGAAUGGACUACAUGAAGAGGAAGACAAGAGAGUACGACCAGCUGAAGAGUGAAUGGACAGAACGGGUGAGUGCAGAGGACCUGGAGUUCAUCAGGGGAAACGUUCUGAAAGAUGUUCUUCGAACAGACCGAGCACAUCCUUACUACGCAGGCUCCGAGGACAGCCCACAUCUCACCGCCUUGACAGACCUCCUCACCACCUUUGCUAUUACACACCCACAGGUGUCUUAUUGCCAAGGCAUGAGCGACAUUGCCUCGCCAAUCCUUGCCGUCAUGGACAACGAAGCUCACGCCUUUAUCUGCUUCUGUGGCAUUAUGAAACGUCUUGAGGGCAACUUUCGCCCUGACGGACAACUCAUGUCCAUUAAGUUCCAGCAUCUCAAGUUGCUUCUGCAGUAUUCAGACCCCGAGUUUUAUACCUACCUAGUCUCAAAAGGUGCAGACGAUCUGUUUUUCUGCUACCGCUGGCUGCUUUUGGAGCUGAAGCGUGAAUUCGCUUUUGAUGAUGCCCUGAGAAUGCUAGAGGUCACCUGGAGCUCCUUGCCACCUGAUCCACCCGAGACAGAGGUGGAGCUUCUGGGGCCAGCGCUCGAGGCAGAUCAGUCCAACGGCUCACAGAAUGUGGACAUGGAGGAGGUGGAAGAGACGCAGACGGAAAGGCAGAGGAGACGUCACAUGCUAAGACCGUCCCGAGAGGAAGCAGAUGGAGGAGGUAACCUCAUCAUAGAGGAGAAGGAGCUUCGAAAGGAAGGUGAAGGAGAGUACAAGAACGAUGUCACAGCUCCAACUCCUGCUUUUGAGAAACAGGCCAGUUUUGGGGAAUUCAAGUACUAUAGUGGCCGAAGCGAGGACAGCUUUGAGAUCAAUGAAAACGAUUGCUCCGAUCCUACGUUAUCUCCAGUACAGUUUCAGUCUGCGCACUCAACGUUGCCAUUCUCGGUCCGCCAGUCCACGGAAGAAAGUGAGGAUGACCCUGGAGAGCAGGAACCUUUAAUCGGCAAUCACAUGCCGUCUUCUCCAGGACAAAGAGACUCUCCCAACGGUCAGGCAGCUUCCCCAGAAUCUGGUUUACCGAACUGGAAGAGUAGCUCAAAUCAUUCACUGGAAGCAUCUAAUUCUCCAUCCAGCUGGAGAACAGCAUCUCCCGAUGCCCUGUCCAAAUGCACAUCCUCUUCCUCUAGUGGAGACAAAGCCGUAUCUCCUGAUAAACCUCCUGCGGGGUUCCCGUCCUCACAAGCUGUAAUAAAUGAAGCCGGAGCUCAGUCCCCGUCAGUGGUCCCAGGGAAAUCCUUACUGGCGUCUCCGUCGCAGGGUUACAAUCGUUCGCUCCUCUCUUCGCCGGUUUUAUCCUUCGGCAAGUCCCCGUCUUUGCCCAAAGCGUUCUCUAGCAAUCUUCCAUCGCCAUGCAGACCCACCGGGUCUGGCGUAACCUCUCCAAACACAAACAAACCAGAAGGAGGCGGAAUUAAACCCUGCUCGCUUCCCCCUCCUCAAGAGUUCGGGAAAGGGAAUCCCUUCAUGCUUUUCCUUUGCCUGUCUAUCCUGCUGGAACACCGUGACCACAUUGUCAAAAACAGCUUGGAUUACAAUGAGCUGGCAAUGCACUUUGACCGCCUGGUCCGUCGCCACAACCUAGGGCGUAUUCUGCAGCGGGCUAAAGCCCUCUUUGCAGACUAUCUGCAGAGUGAGGUAUGGGACUCAGAGGAAGGGGAUGAAGUCAGCUUGGACUCUCCAACCACAGCGGCAACAUCUCCCCAGACGCCUACCACUAGACCUCCUUUCCUCGAUGUACAGCCCUCUCAGAGUACCUUACCCAAUUCAACUUAUAAUCUGGCCAAUACCAUUCCCUCUCCAGCAACUCCUGUUGCCCUCUCUCCAUCCGAUUCCUGAUUCUGGCAGUAGUAGAUUAGCUCCAGAAACCAGCUCCGGACCACAAGCGGACCCAGAACCCGAAUCACAGCGUACCUUCGUGCUUUACACAUGCUUAAUGAGACUUGUAUUGUUUUAUGUUAACAACCAAAGCUUAGUGACUUUCUCAUGUCUCUUUUGCCCUGUCCAACCUCUCAAGUCAAGCCCUUUUUCAUUGUACUGUAUCUUUUUUUAUUGCACUUUAUUGAUUGUCCUUUGAAAGGGCAGGCCAGUUUGUGUCUCAUCUCACUUUGUAUAUAACACUUUCAAAAGGCACACUAUGGACAUGUAAAAUCCGUUACAGUAACCGAACUUACCUAAAACAAAGCAACAAGAUUAUACAGUUAUUUAUUUCUGUGUGCAAUCUUUAUUUUGGCAAAAACGGUGUCUGAGGUUGUCAUGGCUCUAUUGAUGUAGGGAGGAGAAUGUUUAUUCGAGUAAAGCUUUUGAGAUGCUCUCUGAAAUGUAUUCAUGAAUUUGUUUGACGUUGCCAGCAGCAGAGGUGUAUACUAAUCAUUUGUGCUUUAUGAGAACCUUAAGCCUUGAUUUUUGUUUGUACCAAACAUUUGACUGGAGAUGAAGGUGCUGAUGUGUCAUCCAGUAUCCCAUCAAUGUGAACUGUUCAGUUGUAAAACAAGUAACAUUCAGCUCCAAUACUAGUAAAACUCCUCUCUAGUGUACAACAGCAGUGGAGGUUUUGGUAAAGCAGCACUUUUACUAAGGUCAACGUGGAGAAUGGCUGGUAAUUUGGUUUCACUCAUCCUUGCCUUUGUUGGAAAAGUGCCUCGUUAUACUGAAUUAGGCAUUUUUGUCUCUUUCUUCUGUGUGUAAAUAUAAUUUCAUUGCUUUCAUCUUUUUUCCACCAAAGGUUUGUCUGUUCAUCCGUUGCUAUAACGACUUUAUCAUCAAGAGGCAACAAUCAAGAAUCCCUGCUGUUUAAAAAAAAUCAGUGUUUAAUGCCUUUAGCAGAAUGCAUUUCAUUGGAGACCUUGUAGACUCAUUCUUUACGUCUUAAUACCAAGUGUUCUUUUCUCUUUUUUUCUAAGUGCUCAACUGAUAAACCUGCACAUGGACUAAAAAUUAUUUUCCUGGAAAGUGGAACACUGAUGAGUCCUGUUCAUCAGCGUUGUGUAUACAUGUAUGUUUCUCUGAUUUUGAUUUGGUUCUGUAUGAUAGUAUUUUACUCAUACCCAUGGAGAGACUUGCUAGAUUGAAUGCUUGCAAUACUCCUAUUUGUACAAUAAAUUCACUGAAUAUUA